AUGUCCAGCGAUCCUAAAGAGGUCGCGAUUAAUUUCUUCUCUGCGUACCUUGCUUUCCCCGUGAUGAUCAUCUUUUACAUCAUUGGUUUCGCCUGGAAACGCACAUGGCCCCUACGAGCUUCCGAGAUCAACCUUGACCAGGGUCGCAAGUCGUGGCUUACGGUCGAGGAGAUGAGAGCUUAUCACGCGGAACGCGCAGCCGCACCUAUGCACAUCCGGGUCUACCGCAUGCUCUUCACGCACUGA